AUGGCGACCCCACCGCCCGCAGCCUCCCACUGUCCUUCGGUCGGUGGCUACUGGCCUGCGGCCCGGACUGUCCUGCUGGCCGCUGCACGGAAGUUCGGUUCCGGGAGAAGAGCCCUGGCUGCGCCUAGCCGCUGGGAAUGUUGUUGCAGUGAAACAGCCCAGCGUCCUUCGGACCAGCCCGGUCCUCUGCGGUGCCGCUCCUCCCCCAACUCCCGCAACGCUCCGCGGCUCUGUCCCGGCGCAGCUCGCUCCGAACGUUUCUCCGUGCAGCGGGGAGAGGACACAAAGGUCAUCAGCAAAGAGGCUCAACUGUUCCUGACUGGCUCUUUGCUGACCACGGUCAUCCCCAGCAUCUACGUCCUGGUGUUCAUCAUCAGUUUCCCUCUCAACGCUGCCGCCGUUUUUAUGUUCUCGCUCAAGGUCCGACCCCAAAAGCCGGCGGCCAUCUUCAUGCUCAACCUGGCCACGGCCGACCUGCUGUUUGUGCUGCUGCUGCCAUUCAAGGCGUCCUACAGCUUCAAUGGCAACAACUGGGUGUAUGGGCCGGCCAUGUGCAGUGUGGUCACCGCCGCCUUCUACUGCAACAUGUACUGCUCGGUCCUCCUGAUGAUGAGCAUCAGUGCCGAUCGCUUCCUGGCCGUGGUCUACCCCAUUAGAUCGCUGGCCUGGCGCCGCCGGAGGAACGCAGUGGCCGUGUGUUCUGCCAUGUGGCUGCUGGCUGUCGCCGGGGUGAUACCCAUCCUCCUGUCCAAGCAGACCAUGUGUCUGCCUCAGCUGGGCAUCACCACCUGCCAUGACGUGCUGGACCUCAGCGAGGAGCGGAGCUACUACCUCUACUUCUUCCUCACCUUCUCCUAUGCGUUCUUCUUCAUCCUCGUUGUUACCACUGCCUGCUACGUGUGCAUAAUCCAAGCCCUGCGUCGCACCAGCGGGUCAAAGCGCUCCAAGAAGACCCGGGCCGUGGUCAUGGCAUUCACGGUGCUGACGGUGUUUGUGGUCUGCUUCACCCCGUCCAACGUCCUCCUGCUGGUCCACUACUCACAGUUUGCCGACCAGCACAGUGUCAACUCCUAUGCUGCUUACCUGGUCUCCGUGUGCAUUGGCAGUGUGAGCUGCUGCCUGGAUCCGGUCAUCUAUUACUAUGGCUCAUCUCAGUGCCAGAAGAACAUCGCCCGGCUCCUCCACUAUCAGGCCCCUCCAGCGGGCUCAGGGUCUGGAAGUCCUCCCAGGGCACCCAAAGUGAUGAAAAGUGAUGAAAAGUGAAAAGUGAUAAUGUGCUCUUCUUUUGUUAAGGUAUGUCUGCACUUUACAAUGUGUGUAUUAA